GUCCAUGGUAUGUUGAUACACAACAUUGGCUUUACGCAACAAUUCUUGAAGUUGGCUGUACAACUGAAUAUACAUUUGGUAAAAAACAUUAGAAGAAUAACAUAACUUAGAAGGAUGUUGUUUACAGUAAAAGUUAUGCUGAUUUUAAGCUUAUCAACAGAAUACGCGAAUACCAGAUCAUAUUCCUGUGGAAACAACGUAUUAAGUUUAGGUGACAACAAAUUAAUCAGUUUAGAAGCAAAUCAGUUUUCGUCGACCCGAAAUUUAAAAUAUUUGAUAGAAGUGAAAGCUGGAUCAUGUGCUGAUUUUAAUAAAGAUACUGAAAUCACAAAGUUUAAUACAACAGACUGCCAGGUGAUAACGGAACUGAAUAAUUCUGUUCUUAUACUUUGUGUGAAAAAAAAGACUAAUGGAAAGAAAAGAAAAUAACCAAAAAGGAAAGGACGAUAUUGAUAUUUGUCAGCAUAUCAAGAAGAUUAGAAAUAAACGGCAUUUAACUGGCAACAAAAGAUAACUAUAAUUCAUCGUAGUCAUUGUGGAAAAUUUUUUAAUUACUUUCAUCUGAAUUUUAUAGGAGGUGUGUUUUAGGUUUUCUUUUUUCUUCCAUCCUAUCACACAGUUUUGUGCUUAAUCAAUUAGAGUCCACCCAUGAAGGUUUUUUUUAUAUAUUCACACUAUUCAAAUAUACAUUUGUUGUAGUUUAAUAAAGUAGAGUUCAAGCAUAAAGAUUUUGUGGUUUACAUU